ACGGCACGGCGCAGCGCGGCUCCUCCCCCCAGCAGCCCCCCAGCCGCCUGGCCAAGUCCUACAGCACCAGCUCGCCCAUCAACAUCGUGGUCUCCUCGGCUGGCCUCUCGCCUUCCCCCAUCCGCGUCACCUCGCCGCCCACCAUCCAGUCCAACAUCUCCUCCUCGCCUAUACAUCAGUUAAGCUCCACCAUUGGCACUUACGCUACUCUGUCUCCUACCAAACGGCUGGUUCACGCGUCGGAUCAGUACAGCAAGCACUCGCAGGAACUGUAUGCCACUGCUACCCUGCAGAGACCCGGCUCCCUAGCAGCUGGGUCUCGGGCAUCUUACAGCAGCCAGCACAGCCACCUUGGCUCCGAGUUAAGGGCCCUGCAGUCUCCAGAGCACCACAUAGAUCCUAUUUACGAAGACAGAGUUUACCAGAAGCCCCCUAUGAGGAGUCUCAGCCAGAGUCAGGGGGACCCUCUGCAACCAGCACACACAGGCACAUACCGCACUAGUACAGCCCCAUCUUCCCCUGGUGUCGACUCCGUACCCUUACAGCGCACAGGCAGUCAACACGGCACACAGAACGCAACCGCGACCUUCCAGAGGGCCAGCUAUGCGGCAGGCCCAGCCUCCAAUUACGCAGACCCCUACCGACAGCUGCAGUAUUGUCCUUCUGUUGAAUCACCAUACAGCAAAUCUGGGCCAGCCAUCCCACCUGAAGGGACCUUGGCUAGGUCACCUUCCAUUGAUAGCAUUCAGAAAGAUCCCAGAGAGUUUGGAUGGCGAGAUCCAGAGCUUCCUGAAGUUAUACAGAUGUUACAGCAUCAAUUCCCCUCAGUACAGUCCAAUGCCGCAGCUUACUUGCAACACCUCUGUUUUGGAGACAAUAAAAUAAAAGCAGAGAUCAGAAGACAAGGUGGAAUACAAUUACUGGUGGACCUGUUGGACCACCGAAUGACAGAAGUCCACCGUAGUGCCUGUGGAGCUUUGAGAAACUUGGUGUAUGGGAAGGCAAAUGAUGACAACAAAAUUGCCCUGAAAAACUGUGGUGGUAUCCCAGCAUUGGUACGGUUACUCCGCAAGACUACAGAUUUGGAAAUCAGAGAACUGGUCACAGGAGUUCUCUGGAAUCUAUCUUCCUGUGAUGCACUGAAAAUGCCAAUCAUCCAGGAUGCCCUCGCAGUGUUGACCAACGCGGUGAUCAUCCCUCACUCUGGAUGGGAAAACUCUCCACUGCAGGAUGAUCAUAAAAUACAGCUCCAUUCGUCACAGGUGCUGCGCAAUGCCACUGGGUGCCUACGGAAUGUCAGCUCUGCUGGAGAGGAGGCCCGCAGAAGGAUGAGGGAGUGUGAUGGCCUGACAGAUGCAUUGCUCUACGUCAUCCAGUCUGCUCUGGGGAGCAGUGAAAUUGAUAGUAAGACCGUUGAAAACUGUGUGUGCAUUUUGAGGAACCUCUCAUACAGGCUAGCUGCAGAAACAUCUCAGGGACAGCAGAUGGGAACAGAUGAACUUGAUGGAUUACUGUGCGGUGAUACCAAUGGAAAAGAUGCCGAGAGUUCAGGAUGCUGGGGGAAGAAAAAGAAGAAAAAGAAAUCCCAAGAUCAGUGGGAUGGAGUCGGACCUCUCCCGGACUGUGCAGAACCACCCAAAGGAAUCCAGAUGCUGUGGCACCCUUCAAUAGUCAAACCCUACCUCACACUUCUCUCUGAGUGCUCAAAUCCGGACACGCUGGAGGGGGCAGCAGGGGCACUGCAGAACUUGGCUGCUGGGAGUUGGAAGUGGUCAGUGUAUAUCCGUGCUGCUGUCCGCAAAGAAAAAGGAUUGCCGAUACUGGUGGAACUGCUUCGAAUAGACAAUGACCGGGUGGUAUGUGCAGUUGCUACAGCUUUACGAAACAUGGCCUUAGAUGUCAGAAAUAAGGAGUUAAUAGGCAAGUAUGCCAUGAGGGAUCUGGUCCACCGACUGCCAGGCGCUAACAACAGCAACAGCUCAUCAAGCAAGGCCAUGUCUGAUGACACCGUUACUGCCAUUUGCUGCACUCUGCAUGAAGUCAUCACUAAAAACAUGGAGAAUGCCAAGGCCUUACGAGACGCAGGCGGCAUUGAGAAACUGGUUGGCAUAUCUAAGAGUAAAGGAGACAAGCAUUCGCCAAAAGUGGUGAAAGCAGCAUCUCAGGUCCUCAAUAGUAUGUGGCAGUACAGAGACCUGAGAAGUCUCUACAAGAAGUGGGCGGCCCCAAGCUUCAGUGUGGAGGACAGAGGAUUUUCACCUACCCAUCAGUCUGGGUCAUGGCACGCUCAGCAAACUCCCUCCCAGAGCCAAGAAACCAGAAUCUAUUCCCAAACCCAGGAUGGAUGGUCACAGUAUCACUUCGUAGCCUCAUCUUCAACGAUAGAAAGGGAUCGGCAAAGACCUUACUCUUCAUCACGCACACCCUCCAUCUCUCCUGUGCGCAUGUCUCCUAACAAUCGCUCAGCAAGUGCCCCAGCCUCACCUCGGGAAAUGAUCAGCCUAAAAGAAAGAAAAACAGACUAUGAAUCAACUGGAACAAACGCGACUUACCAUGGAAAUAAGGGAGAACACACUUCUAGGAAAGACACCAUGACAGCUCAAAACACUGGAAUCUCAACUUUGUACAGGAAUUCGUAUGGUGCGCCUGCUGAAGACAUCAAACAUAACCAGGUUUCAACACAGCCAGUUCCACAGGAGCCCAGCAGAAAAGAUUAUGAACCGUAUCAGCCGUUUCAGAAUUCAACCAGAAGCUAUGACGAGUCCUUCUUUGAGGACCAAGUGCAUCACCGUCCACCUGCAAGCGAAUACAACAUGCACCUGGGACUAAAGUCAACUGGCAACUACGUCGACUUCUAUUCAGCUGCUCGUCCCUAUAGUGAACUUAAAAAAAAAAAAAGCCCCCCCCCAGCCUCUCCCGACUCCUGGGUGUGAGACUUGGGCAGAUACAAAAGCUCCAGGAACUGUGCAUGUGCAUGCAUACCACAAGACAUUCUUUUUCCUGCAAAUUUAGUUUGUUAAAGCCUGUUCCAUAGGAAGGCCCAGAUAACCAGUAUGGAAAAAUAAAGAUUUUUUUAGAAGGCUAAAAGAAAUGAAAGCUAAACAAGGGAGUAAUUAGAAAGAUAUAUAUAUAUUAUAUAUAUAUAUUACAGUGUGGGACAACUUUACUGUUGGCCUGUAGAGUCUAAAGUUCGGUGCCGUAUAUUGAAUGUGGCUGAAGGAAGGAGGGAGAACAUGACAGUGGAUGUGGGUCAAGAGUUAAGCACAAGUAACUGAGCAGCGUACAUACUUUAUGGGGAACAGCUUCUCACACUUUGUUUAAUAUCCUCAUUCAUUGUGAAUCUAGGCUUCAAGUUGCAUUUGGGGUUUCCUCUGUACAGCAAGAUGUUUCUUGCCUUUUGUUAAUGCAUUGUUGUAAAGUAUUUGAUGUACAUUACAGAUAAAAAAACAAAGUGCAUUGUGUAUAUUACACCAAUGCCACAGUGUUCUUCAUCUAUGGUUCUAAAUAUUGCUUCAAUUUCAAAUUUUGAAAGAUGUAUGAAUUUCCAGUUUUUUUGUUUUCUUUUCCCCGGUGCGUUUUAACAAAAAAAAAAACAAAAAACAAAAAACAAAAAGGAAUAUUUAGCAGUAUUGUUCGUUCUGAUAUGUGAAUUUGUUCGUGGCAACUAAAAAAAAGGCAUUCAGCAGUUUCUGACAAUUAACAUUCAUCAUUCCACACUCCUUGUCAACAAAGUGCUUUUUCACUGCCUAAAAUUUUAGAUGUAGAUAUUUGAAAUAGAUUUUUUUCAUUUAUACCAGUUUUCUUUAUGAUGAUACAGUGUUAAAGGAAAAUAAAUUACAAUUGAUCUGUCAUCCAUAUUUGCUAAGAAUGUCUAUUUCCAAGAAUCUACCAUACAAAUACACAUUCUUACUUGUGUGUGUCCACGUAUGCAUAGUAUCCUCUUUGUAUGUAUGUAUGUGUUUGAGUGUGUGCGUUUGUGUGGUACAAGAAUUACUUUCAUCCAGUGUUUUCCUUGUUCAAGCUUUAAUUUUUGUUUGAUCUUUCUGGGUUUUUUUAACAGUGGAAACUCCAGUAUGUGCUUUCUCUUACUCACUUUAAUAACCAUCAAUAACAAUUCAAAAUUGUUAGACCACUUAAAAAUUAAGGGGGGGGUAUAGGAUUUUUUGCCGAUUCCUUCACCCUUGGGUGCCAUUUUCUUGAUCUUCUCUUGAGGAAAGAAGUCGAUCCUGAUACUCGCCAGCCACCAACCAGCAAGUGCUCAAGGAAGACAGAGUUUGAUCUUGCCAUCUCCCUGAGGGAACGGAAAGCAAAGACCCAACAGACUUAAGUCUGGAGUCCCCAAACUCUUCAGGCUACAGAAGGGUCCCGCUCCUGAACUAUUAGGACAAUCGGUUAUUUUAAACCAUA